AUGUCUCCCAUCCGCCGUGCUCCUCAAACUCGCCGCCAGAAAUUCGUCGCUUGGCUCAUUGCUCGGCUUGUCAUCGCCGUUAUGUCAAUCCACGUCACAUUUGUGAUCUACGUGUACACCUGGCAUCAGGAGGACGAUGGGAACCUCACAACAACUACGGAGGCGUCGGUAGACGCCUGGACAGCUGGAAGCUCCGGACGCGCCAACUUCCUUCAUCCCCCGCCGAUUUGA